AUGUCCUCCAUCCUGCCGUUCACCCCUCCCAUCGUCAAGCGGCUCCUGGGCUGGAAGAAAGGGGAGCAGAACGGGCAGGAGGAGAAAUGGUGCGAGAAGGCGGUGAAGAGCCUGGUGAAGAAGCUGAAGAAGACGGGGCAGCUGGACGAGCUGGAGAAGGCGAUCACCACGCAGAACAUCAACACCAAGUGCAUCACCAUCCCCAGAUCGUUAGAUGGCCGGCUGCAGGUAUCUCACCGGAAAGGCCUUCCGCAUGUGAUCUACUGCCGGCUGUGGCGGUGGCCAGACCUUCAUAGCCACCAUGAGCUGCGGGCCAUGGAGAUGUGCGAGUACGCCUUUAACAUGAAGAAGGAUGAAGUCUGCGUGAAUCCUUACCAUUACCAAAGAGUGGAAACCCCAGUGUUACCUCCAGUGCUGGUGCCUCGGCACACGGAGAUCCCAGCUGAGUUCCCGCCGUUAGACGAUUACAGUCACUCUAUUCCAGAGAACACUAACUUCCCAGCAGGUAUCGAGCCACAGAGCAACUACAUUCCAGAGACACCCCCUCCAGGCUAUUUGAGUGAGGAUGGAGAAACUAGUGACCACCAGAUGAACCCCAGCAUGGAUGCAGGUUCUCCGAACUUAUCACCAAAUCCUAUGUCUCCUGCACACAAUAAUCUGGAUCUGCAGCCUGUUACCUACUGCGAGCCAGCUUUCUGGUGCUCGAUAUCCUACUAUGAACUCAACCAGCGAGUGGGGGAGACUUUCCACGCCUCCCAGCCCUCUAUGACCGUGGAUGGGUUCACCGACCCAUCCAACUCAGAACGCUUCUGCCUUGGUUUGCUGUCUAACGUGAACAGAAAUGCAGCAGUGGAACUCACGAGACGGCACAUUGGAAGAGGAGUAAGGCUCUACUACAUUGGCGGCGAGGUGUUUGCUGAGUGCCUUAGUGACAGUGCCAUUUUUGUCCAGUCUCCCAACUGCAACCAGCGCUACGGCUGGCACCCAGCAACAGUCUGCAAGAUUCCCCCAGGAUGCAACUUGAAGAUUUUCAACAACCAGGAAUUCGCAGCUCUCCUGGCGCAGUCAGUGAACCAGGGCUUCGAGGCCGUGUACCAGCUGACCAGAAUGUGCACCAUUCGGAUGAGCUUCGUCAAGGGCUGGGGAGCAGAGUACAGGCGGCAGACUGUGACCAGCACUCCCUGCUGGAUCGAGCUGCAUCUCAACGGUCCUCUGCAGUGGCUGGACAAGGUCCUCACCCAGAUGGGCUCCCCGAGCAUCCGCUGCUCCAGCGUCUCCUAAGGAAAGAGCUCCUGGGGGCGGGCGGGGGGAGCAAGGACUGGAAAAUGGAAUUGGCUUAACCCUUAGCAAAAGGCAUAGAAAACAAACUCCCAGUUACUGAAGCUAUAAGGAAAAAAGAUCUGCUAAAAAGUGGGUUGUCUUUGUUUUGUUUCUUCCUCUUUUUCUUUUUUAAUGAAACUUAAAGACCCAUUUAAGCCACUUCCACUGAACCUGUUAGCACUUUGGUCACAAUGCCAUGGGCCGUUGCAGUUAGCAUGAAGCUGAAGCUGAUCGUGAUAAAAAAAAAUGGACUUGGUUUCAGCGGAGAGAAGCCAGUGCUCUGCCUCCAGCCGUGCCGUGCCGCUGGCACCAGCCGGCCGGGAGGGAACUUUCCCUUUGCCUCUCACACCUCCAGCCUCGGCUCAUGCAGCAUCUCGGAAAAGCCAGGUACGGCGGGGCUUUGGGGUGACUCUUGCUCGUGCGUUACUGUCUCCAUCCGAGGACACCUGUUCUCCCUGCGAUUGCAGCAGGAUGGGGGAAAGAAACAUUUAAAGCACGUGCAAGAGCGAAGUCCCCCAGAGAUGCUCCCAAAAGGAAAGAGUUUCCCACGCUGGACCAGUAACGAGGAGGCAGAGCCUUGUUGCUUCGUGCCCGAGAGAUGCAGCUGACGCCCCGAGUGCCUCAGACUGGAUUUACGUGAAGCAAAAGGCCGGAGUGAAGGCUCCUUCCGACAUUGCUGCAGCAACUUUCGACUAGAGCUGCCCACAGACAGACUUUUGUGAUGUGGGGAGCUCUUGCUGGAUAAGUUAAGCCUUUGUUAUUGUGCAGUCUAUUUACAUUAACUACAGAAAGUUUGUAUUCUAUUUUCUCAGUAUGUCGAACGGUAUCUGCCACUUCUUAAGUCUUAGGGGCGGAGUGAAUUCAGUGUCCAGGUCUGCUCGAGAGACGGGAGUGACCAGCCCUUGCUGCCGUUGUCAGAAAACACAGUUCAGUAGGUCAUCCCCCGCUGUCACCAUGACUGCGCACGAACCAGGGCAUCUCAGACACACAAAAACUCAGUUAAAAAACCAAUUUCAUCGGAUUGAAAUGCUCUGAGAUGUGGUUUCGCCUGGAGAAACUGGGAGAGUGUAUUUACAUGUACUAUAAAAGGUUCAUUUUAACUAUACAUGCUCCAGACUGUUCAAUAUUUUUUUCCCUGUAGCAACUGUCAUGGCAAACAACUUCCACAACUGGGAAAAAAAAAACCCUUAGCACUUGUUUUUACGGUUCAAAUUUGCCAAAUAAGUGUCAUAGCUUUGUCAGUGCUAUCCAGUGAUCUGUUCCUUGAUAUCUCUGUUGAACAUCGUACGCCUUCGUGCCAAGAUGGAAGGGGGAGGGGAGAAAGUGAUCAUCACUUUCCUAUGGAAAUCUUGUUUUUGUUUUUUUUCCUUCUGCAUCCAAAAGGCAGAGACACAAGAUCUGGCCCUGGGAAGGACAGACUGUGACGGACAUUACGGUGGUUUGCGUUAACUUUUGUCCUGCACAGUUUCAGGCUCCCAGAUGCGACCACGAGCAGCCCCGCUGAGCCCAGUGGAAGUUUCCCUGCACGCCAGGGCCCUGCUCCCCGGUGGGGAAGGGACCUGUGCGACCCCAGACGCUUACCAGCAGCGUCCAUGCACCCGCCCGUGCGUAGGGAGAGGCUUUGGGGAUGUGCCUUUGCCUCUGAGACCGCCCUGCAUCAUUCCCACUGCUCGGGUUGCAACACCCGGCGCUUCUGGACCCUGGGGGCCCUCGGUGCGCUGUGCAGAGACCACCGGGAGCCCCCUGGCCGUUUUACCAGGCAAACGGGGGAAGCUUUAGAGGAGAGUUUUCUUCCAGAAGUGAGAAAUGAGAUUUUGUAUAUGAAAUGUAAAUCCUGGGCAAGCCUUUCAGUGGUGGGCGCGCUCCUGAAUGAUGCAGGGACAACGCAGGCACAUCUCAGCAGCCUCCUGCAGGACUUUGGAGCUUUCACUGUGCGCUCGGCACGCCUUGUGGCAUAGCGCUGGAGGUUUUCUAGGAUUUUUUUCUUCCUUUUUUUUUAGUUUUUGCAAUGUGUCUGAUUUUUUUUUUAGUUCAAUCUCUGAUUGCAUGGACUUGUGCAAUAAGAGCAUCUGUAUAAAAUAGUGUUCUCUAGCCACUGAAGAAGUAGGUCUGUGUGUCCUUGUGGGUCGAUGAGGCACGUACUUCCAGAUGCAGUUUUCUAACAUAGCUGCAAACAACUUCAUGCAGAAUUCUGUGGAAAUAUUUGACCUGCUGUUCUAGUGAGAGAGGGGGAAAAAAAAUGCUCUGUAAAAAUGGCCCCAGGUUUCCUUCCCCGAGUGGCGUUAAGUCACAUUUGCUUUAUUUUACCAAACUUUUAUCUCUGUGAUCACGGAGCAGGUUGGACUCUGGUGUCUUGUGCAUUAGCACCAAAAACGGCAUCGUAAAUUCGAGGCUCAGAAAGCUCGUCACACGCGGUGGCGUGUGGGAACCCAGCCCGACCUGGAGGCCACAAGCUGCAGUAACCCGCCUUGGGCUUCAGGUCUGCUCGCAGAGUCGCUGCCUCUGCCCAGCUCCGGACUGGAGCUGGGUUUCCUCUCUGACCACACUCGCAGCUUUUGUUUGGUAACAGAUAGCGGCCAACCGCUGCCAACAGAUGCCUUUGAAACAGGAUUGGGAUGAUGCAUAAAACCUUAUGCAUCAUCCCUUAAGUAAAACGGCUUCAGAUGGAAAAUAAGCCCCUCCAGCAGUACCGUUGGAUAAAACUGAGAGGAGGUUAUCUGCACUCGGGUAUUAAUUUCCUCUCCUCCCCUUUGCCUUCUCACUAAUUCAUAAAAGCUUUCUGGUUUCUGACGUUACCUUAUAAAGGCAAAUGGAAAGUCCUGCCCCACGCAACAUGUGAGAAGAUAAAGGCUGGGGAGGGUGUGAUCCAAGGGACAUUUCGGUUGUUUCCCUGUAGUUGCGUGGUUGAAGUGAAUUGUACAGAAGAAAGCAAAUUAAUUCCCCUGCCAGGUCGGAAGUGUGCUUAAUCACCAUCCGUGCGGACACUAAGGAAGGGAAGCGGUGGCAUUCGGCUGCAGCCUGUUGGAGGCAGCGGUGCCCCAGAGGUACACGUGGCUUAUUCUUGAUUUUACUUUUCUUUCUAAAACUUUAUUAAAGUAGCUUUGAUAUGUAGCACAAAUGUAUGCAAUCAGCCAUGCCCUAGCUUAGAUUACGUGACUGUACUGGAAUAUCUUCUCAUUUAGUGGUAGUCUUGGCUAGUUUUACAGGAUUUCAUACAUUUUUGUUACUAGUAGAGAGUCACUAGCAGGAACUUUGACUCUUUUUAAUUGGUGUAGCCAUACACAAGGGCCUGGCUGCUGGCAGAUGAUAUUGAUGGCCUUGUGGUUUUAUAUGACUGUGGUGAUUUUUUUUAUUAUUAUUAAUGUAUUGAACUGAAUUGCAGUGUGUAUUUUGUGUUAAGCUUGUCUUAGAAGUAAUCCAGUGCUAUCCAUUUGAUUUAAUUGUCAGGAAUCAGCAUGCGUUUGUACAAAGAUGGAGAAAUCUGGUUGUAUGACAUUUCCUCAAAGCUCUGGUUACCCACGGUUACCAUGAGAAGGUCGGGGGGUGACCUUUGAGAAAGCAGUAGGCAAAUCAGUUUCCCCUCCCCUAAAGGAUCAACAUGCUUUGAAGCGUGCAGAGGACUCCCUUCGAGGCUGAAGAAUAUUCAGGACGCCAGCUCAAGCAGCAAGUAUUGGCAUCCCCGCCUUGAGCUACUUACUAACUAGAAAAAGCACAAGGAGCGAGAAGAACCCAGCACAGAGAAGGACUUCAGCCAUGUCACAAAACACCCGUGAGCUUUCCUAGUUCUCUAAGGUACUGGAUAGGUAGGAGGAAUGGAAAAUCACAAAUAAGCUGGUAAGCUAGAAGGAGAAAUCAUUAGUCGCUGUAUAGUAGCUGAUUGAGCGGUAUGGUUAAGAAAUUCAGUAUUUUUUUUUUAUGUACAUUCUUGUAUUUAUGUUGUCUUUCUUGAAUAUUCAGAUGAAUCAAAUAUUUAACAGAAAGGGCGAUUAAGGAUUCAGAUAUUAAAUCCUUCAUACGUCCCUUUCUGGUGAUUGCUAGAAAUUAGGCAGUUACUGACGUGAGCACAAGAGCCUCAUCUCAGAGCUGAGCAACAAGCCCUGGCACACAAAGCAAAAUAAGGACUCCUCCUGCAGGAGUCUUUGCUCGAGUUGCUGUUGUAUUUUUAGCAAUAAGUCAGCUUCCCAGAGGGGCCCUUGAAUUGUGGUCUUCAGGUCUUUUCAGAUUAAUGAGGCUUUAAAAAGAAAAUAACAAACUAUUCCAUAAAUGUUUCGGUUCAUCUUACGUUUCCUCCGGUAUGCGGACACCAGAGGAUCUGCACCGGUCUCUGCUGCUGAGAUGCAUCCCGUUCACUCUCCCAAAGGAGGCAGCCUACUUCCUUCGCUCUCGAUUGAACCAUUCCCCCUUUGAUAGAUAUGUACGAGCACGUAUGCAGUAGUGUUUAGAUCUUCUUAACCUGAGAUUGUAUGUUAAUGACCGGUGGUGCCACCUACAUGCUUUAGCUUGUUAAGCAUUAUUCACCUAUUUUGUUACUAAAGGCCUGUACUAUGUAUGCCCUCUUAUUUCAUAUGUGAAACUGUAAGUUCUAUUUUUGACAUUUUAAUAAACUUUGAUUUGAAAACGGA